AUGAUGAAGUAGUUUAUACAAUGCAACUAACCAAGUUAAGAGAUGGCUUCACGUUAAUGUUAGAAAUCCAAACAAUUAAAUACCCAACUCUUCUAAACCAAUACAAAUAGGCUUUCCACCUUAGUCAUGCAUACAUCUCUCUCAAAAGCCUUUCUUCUAAUUUUCUCAUAGAAACCCAUUAAACAUCUGAAAGAAAAAAAAAAGAUCCCAAGAAUUCAGAAAAAAUGGCAAAAACCAUUUUGACUUUGUUUGCUCUGGCUCUAAUUUUAGGCCAAACAAAUGCAGUUAUGCAAUGUGGUACUGAUGUUAUACCAAAAGUAAUUUCUUGUGGAGGAUUUGUGCUAGGUAUGGCUGCAACACCUAGCCAAGAUUGUUGUGUUGGAUUGCAAAGUUUGGCUAAAGUGGCUGCUGCCUCACAACCUGACCGCAAAGAUAUUUGUAUGUGCUUCAAAGCUGCCAUGAAAGCUGCCCCAGUGGAUUAUUCAAAAACUAAACAACUUCCUGAGCUAUGCAACUUCACUAGCCCUAUACCAAUUGAACCCAAUCUUGAUUGCUCCAAGGUUAUUUGAAGAAGAACUAAGAAGAAAAUCUUCCAAAGGUAGAAGCUGAGAUGUAGUCUUGUGGAAGAGUAGCAAAUGGUGAUGAUGCUUAGAAAUAAGAAUGUUGUCAAUUUCUUUAUAUGGCAAUGGCCAUCUCUGUUUUAACGGAAUGAUAGAAAAUCCAUUAAAAACAUGGUUGACUCAAGCUAUCCCUUUAAUUUAAACUAGAAGGGUGCCGCCGUGCAAACACGGGCCCAACAUUAAAAGCUAUGGGCGUUUACAUGUUUCAUAAUUUGUUGACCAAGUGACGUGAAGCUUCUUA